UCGUGCAAUCGCGUAGCCGUCGUACGUCCUUGCCGCCGAAGACAGCCCCGCUGCGUGCCGCCAUGGCGUGGCGGCGGCUCCAGGUGGCUGUGGCUCUCGCCCUCGUCGUCGCGGUCACGGCGGCGACGCUGUCCUCGGCGCAGCAGGCGGCGGUGCAGCCGGCGGCGGCGUUCCCGGCGCUGCCCAGCUGCCCGCCGGCCCCGCUCAGCCUGUCCCCGUGCAUCGGCUACGUCUUCGGGGUCGGCUCGGCGACGCUCACCGCCUGCUGCUCCCAGCUCCGGAGCUUCCUCCGCGCGCAGGCGCCCUGCCUCUGCGCCGCGUCCAAGCUCGCGCCCAGCCCCGUCGGCCUGCUCCUCGGCCAGGCGCAGACCAUCAUCCCCAACGUCUGCGACCUGCCCAACCCAUGCGACGAUGCCGCCGCUGGCGACGGCGAGGGCUCGGCGCCGGCGGCAACCUCCACGCCGUCGGUGGCAGGCACUGCGCCUCCGUCGUCCGAGACGACGACUCCGGCAGCCACCACGCCUGCGACUGACCCGUCGUCGGGCACGCCGGCGGCCGAUCCAGAUGCGUCAGGAGCGCCGCCGCAACCGGCCGAGGAUUCUCCUGCCGCAGCAACGGCGCCGGCCGGCGCCGGGUCGAAGCUCCCGCAGCUGUUGCAUGCAGCAGGCGCCACUAGCUCCAGAGUCAUGGCUGCGGGCACUGUGUUCGUCACCGUGUUUCUCGCUUCAGUUGCCACCAUGUAUGUGUAGCUGUAACCUGCUAAGCUAUUGCAAGUUUGCAACAGCAAAUGUACUGAUGUAACAUGUGAUGUGAUACAGUAUAAGUUGAAACUGCACCCUGUUUUGUGCAGUUACAAUAAAAAGUUUAUUCUAGAGA